AUGGCUCCCAGCAUGGAUUUACUUCCGAUCCUCCAAGAGAAGUCUAUGGCGGUUGUGUCCGAGUAUUCGGUUCCCAGCUCACCUGAUGGUUCUGUCACGCCCUAUGAUGGCAAGACUCAUGUGUUCAACAUCGAUAUGCCUGCCUACUCAGACAAAGUCAUGUUGACAUUCAACAGCGGAGUCAAGCAAACACCCCAUGCAGGCUUUACAAGCGGUGCCACAAAGUUGAAGAAUAUGCUCAGAGACUCCAAUGAGUUGAUUGUCUGCCCCGGUGUAUAUGAUGGAAUCUCAGCACGAGUGGCCCUUCAAGUUGGCUUCUCAGCACUUUACAUGACAGGAGCAGGCACUACUGCUUCCCGCUUAGGAAUGGCAGACCUUGGCAUAGCUCAACUAGCUGAUAUGAAGGAACAUGCUGAGAUGAUUGCAAAUCUUGAUCCUUAUGGUCCACCCCUAAUUGCUGAUAUGGAUACAGGGUACGGUGGCCCUCUGAUAAUUGAUAAAGCAGUCAAGUCCUACAUCAGAGCAGGUGUUGGUGGAUUUCACAUUGAGGAUCAAAUCCAAAACAAGCGUUGUGGCCAUCUCCAAGGCAAAAAGGUUGUUCCCGAAGCAGAGUUCUACAUGAGAAUUCGUGCAGCCAAAGCCGCCAAAGAUGCCAUGAAUUCCGAUAUUGUGUUGAUCGCACGCACAGAUGCACUACAACAGCUUGGGUAUGAUGAGUGCGUCAAGCGUUUGCAUGUAGCUCGCGAUAUUGGUGCAGAUGUUGGUUUGCUCGAAGGUUACACUUCGAAGGAGAUGGCUGCAAAGACAGUACGAGAGUUUGCUCCAUGGCCAAUUCUACUGAAUAUGGUGGAGAAUGGCAGUACUCCCAUAAUCACUACUGCAGAAGCACAAGAGAUGGGAUUCCGAAUCAUGAUCUUUUCUUUUGCUGCUCUCGCGCCGGCGUAUUUGGCGAUCCAGGAGACUUUUAUACGAUUAAAGAGAGACGGAGUGGUAGGAACUCCAAAGAAUCUUACGCCAAAGGCCCUCUUUGAUGUAUGCGGUUUGAAAGAGUCAAUUGUAGUUGAUACUGCGGCUGGUGGUGGGGCUUUCGUGGAUGGUGUUUGA